AUGAGCGAUUACGCCAAUUUGGUAAAGAGCUUAGACUCUCACGAUAUUUUAACGGAAUUUCCAGAAGUUAUCCCGCUACAAAAACGACCAAAUACGGCCUCCAGCGCGAGCAGUGGGAACGAGAAAGGUGACCUAGUGUUUGACGGACAUGAUGAAGAGCAAAUCCGUCUCAUGAACGAAAACUGCAUAGUUCUGGACUGGAAUGACACUGCAGUUGGUGCAGGCACCAAAAAACUAUGCCAUCUCAUGAGCAACAUCGACCAAGGUCUGCUUCACCGUGCUUUUUCAGUUUUCCUAUUCGACGUUAACGGCAAACUACUGUUGCAGCAACGUGCUUCUGAAAAAAUUACUUUCCCAGAUUUGUGGACCAAUACAUGCUGUUCACAUCCAUUGUGCGUGGACGAUGAACUCGGGCUUGAGGGCUCCUUGGAGGCCAAAGUCGAUGGUGCUCGCACCGCUGCUGUUCGAAAACUCGAACACGAGCUAGGUAUACCUUCCGAUGAAACCCGCAGCAAGUCAGAAUUCCACUUUUUGAACAGAAUACACUACAAGGCACCAAGCAACGGCCCAUGGGGUGAGCAUGAAAUCGAUUACAUUUUCUUUUGCAAAGUGCAGCCGGGCCAAUCCUUGACUGUCAAUCCAAGCCCAAACGAGGUGCGCGAUGUCAAGUGGGUCACUGCCGAUGAGCUCAAAGCUUUGUUCCAGGACUCUAGUAACAAAUUCACGCCUUGGUUCAAGCUCAUUUGUGAAAGUUAUCUGUUCCAAUGGUGGGACCAGCUUAACGAUUUGUCUGGCGUUGUGAACGAUCCCCAGAUCCAUAGAUUGCUGUGA